UCUCCUCUUUCUAAUUUCAAUAAAUUAUAAAUCGGUUAUUUUUUUUUUUCUUAUGGAUUGAUUGCAGAGCAUUACAUUGAGAGAUUAGUGGUUCAAGCCGGUUCAGAUGAAAGCGGAGUUUCCACCGACAUGAUCUCCGUCAACUCAACGGUGAAGCUCACUUUCCGUAACACAGCCACUUUUUUUGGUGUUCAUGUUCACACCACUCCUCUCUCUCUCUCCUACACACAGCUCACCAUUGGAUCUGGAGAUAUGAAAAAGUUCUAUCAAUCGAGAAAGAGCCAGAGGAACGUGGUUGUGUCGGUGAUCGGAGACAAGAUUCCGAUGUACGGAAGUGGGGCUAGUUUGACGACUCCGGCGGGGUUGAUCACCACCUCUCCGGUGCCACUACAACUGAACUUCACAGUCCGAUCAAGGGGUUAUGUUCUGGGGAAACUGGUGAAACCUAAAUUCGACAAGAAAAUCGGUUGCGCCGUUGUGUUAGAUCUUAAGAAAUUGAAUGUUCCCAUAUCACUCAAGAAUUCAUGCACUUAUGAAUGAUCAAGAUUAAUGGAGUUUGGAUCAAAUGGAUUACUAUUAUUGGACUAGAUUCAUCAGGCUUGGGGGAAGAAAAAAAACAGGGUGUUUUGGUCAGUUUACAUGAAUUAUCAACCGUUGUAUAUUUAUUUAUUUAUUAAUUGUGACAAUAUAUCAUUUUCCGGGAGUUGUACUAUUGUGAACUUUUAUUUUUUGUAAUAAUUAAAUUACAUGAGUUUGUUAUUUUUAUUUAUAGC